AUGGUGAGAGUGACAAGUUGUUUGAGCUAUCUAUGGCUGCUCGUAGCCGUACCAUCGGCUGUCAUCGCUCAAAGCUCGCCCAACACGAAUCCCGCUGUACUCGAUGUCGCCGGGCAGCCGUUGUUACCCGGCGUGGAGUAUUACGUCUUGCCGGAUACGCAACGUGGAGCUACCGGUGGCGGUCUGACCCUCAUUAACCGCAAUGAAUCCUGCCCAUUGUAUGUAGGCCAGCAUUCCAGAAGCUCAACCGGUCUACCGGUCAUAUUCACGCCUUUCUUUGCCAGUGAGACGGUUAUAUAUGAGGAUGCAGAUUUCACCGUCCAAUUCGCAGCAGUUACAAUAUGUGCGCAGUCCACACAGUGGGAACUCGAUGAAUCUGAACUGUCAAACGGAUCUGUACUUAUAAGGACUGGAACAGAUCCCCUUUACCUUAGGAUUCCGACGAAAGAAACGGACGGCGAUGGUUACAGGCUGUAUUUUUGUCCCACCACUGUUUGUCCAAUUUGUAAAUAUAACUGUGGAAAUGUUACUGUUGUGAAUGAGGAUGGGAAGAGAUUGCUGGCGUUGUAUGGUCCAGCUCUUCCUGUUGUGUUUAGGAGGGCUUGA